AGCCCCUCGUUGUCGCCGCUGCUCUUGCUGCUGCUUCCGUGCUCCGUCCGUCCCACCCUCCCCAUCGCCGCCUCCUUCUCGCCACGAGCUCGCUUUUCCGCCCUGCACAACGCUCGCUCUGCCGCCUGCUGCCUGUCUGGGCAAUGCUCAUGUAAAGCCCCAACCGCAGCAGCAGCAGCCGCCGCCGCUGAGGUAACUUUUCUCUCCUGCCUCCAGGUCCUUCGCUGUGCUCCUUCAGAAGAUGGCAGUUUGGGGCAGCUCUGCAAGUCACAGACCCAGAGCGAAGAGAUAAAGCGGGAUCUGCAAAGCAUAAUGACUGCCUCUAGAAGUGAGCUAAUCAGCAGCAGAGAUGUGAUGCAUUUGUGGCCUAGUUCUCACUCAGAUUUGCAUCAACUUUGGGAGCACCCUGAAAUCCAGACUACAGUUGCUGAGGUUUGAUCUGUGAUUGCCAGUUGUUCAUCUGUCUACAAUAAUGAGCUCCACAACACAGCCAGAUGGAGUUUCGGGACGUGACCAGCUCUUGGCUCAGCAAAGAAUGCACAGCAUGAUCAGCUCAGUGGAUGUGAAGUCAGAAGUUCCUGUGGGAUUAGAAACUAUCACCCCAUUAGACUUGCGAACAGAUCUCAGGAUGAUGGUUCCCAUGGUGGAUCCCAUGAUCCGUGAAAAACAGCUACAGCAGGAGUUACUCCUGAUCCAGCAGCAGCAGCAAAUUCAGAAGCAGCUUCUGAUAGCCGAAUUUCAGAAACAGCAUGAGAACCUGACCCGGCAGCACCAAGCUCAGAUCCAGGAGCACAUAAAGUUACAACAGGAACUCUUAGCCAUUAAGCAGCAACAAGAACUCCUUGAAAAAGAGCAAAAACUGGAACAACAGAGGCAAGAACAGGAACUGGAGAGGCAUCGCAGGGAGCAGCUUCCUCCAAUUAGAAGCAAAGAAAGAAGCCGAGAAAGAGCAGUGGCCAGUACAGAAGUGAAGCAGAAACUUCAGGAGUUCUUAUUGAGCAAAUCAGCAACAAAAGACUCUCCAGCCAAUGGGAAGAAUCAUUCCAUUAGCCGGCACCCCAAGCUCUGGUACACGGCUGCCCACCAUACCUCACUGGAUCAAAGUUCUCCACCUCUUAGUAGUACAUCUCCUUCCUAUAAAUACACAUUACCAGGAGCACAAGAUGCAAAGGAUGAUUUCCCACUUCGCAAAACUGCCUCAGAGCCCAACUUGAAAGUGCGCUCCAGGUUAAAACAAAAAGUCACAGAAAGGAGAAGUAGCCCUUUACUCAGAAGGAAAGAUGGAACAGUUGUCUGCUCAUUCAAGAAGAGAAUAUUUGAGGUGACAGAAUCAUCGGUCAGUAGCAGUUCCCCGGUAUCAGGUCCAAGUUCACCAAGUAAUGGUCCUACAGGAAAUACAGAAAAUGAAACCUCAGUGUUGCCAACUAAUUCCCAAACUGAGCAUUUGGUUCCGCAACAACGCAUUCUCAUUAAUGAAGAAUCAAUGAACCUUUUGAGUCUCUAUACAUCUCCCUCUUUGCCCAACAUCACAUUGGGACUUCCAGCAGUGCAACCACCACUCAAUGCUUCGUCGUCAUUCAAAGAAAAACAGAAGUGUGAUGCUCAGUCCAUCAGGCAGGGAGCAGUUUUAUCUGGACAGUACAGGGGAAGCAUUUCUUCACCUUCUGCCCCUCAGCCUGUUGUCCUAGAGGGAAAGCCAAACAGCAGCCAUCAGGCUCUCCUCCAGCAUUUGUUACUGAAGGAACAAAUGAGGCAGCAAAAGCUCCUUGCUACAGGUGGGGUGCCUCUUCAUCCACAGUCACCACUGGCAGCAAAAGAAAGAGUCUCGCCCAGCCUAAGAGUUGCACAUAAGUUACCUCGACACAGGCCACUGAAUCGAACCCAGUCCGCUCCACUUCCUCAGAGCACCUUGGCUCAAUUGGUAAUUCAGCAACAGCAUCAGCAGUUUCUGGAGAAACAGAAGCAGUACCAGCAGCAAAUCCACAUGAACAAAAUACUUUCCAAAUCAAUUGAACAGUUAAAGCAGCCUGGCAGCUUAGAAGAAGCAGAAGAAGAACUUCACGGAGAACACCCUAUGCAGGAAGAGAGAGCGCCCUCUGUUGGUAGCAGCAUUAGGGAGGACAGCAGUAGCGUUUCCUUGGAUGACAGACUGGUACAGCCUUUGGGGGCUGUGAAGGUGAAAGAAGAACCACGGGACAGUGAUGAUGAUGUUCAAAAUCAGCAAAUGGCAUCUGGGGAGAAAGCUGCUUUUAUGCAACAGCAGAUCCUGGAGCAUCGGCGUAUCCAGCAGUUGCAAAUGUACCGGGCCCAGAUGGCUACGGUUGGCAUGGCGCGAUUAGAUAGACGCCAGCCUAUUGCCAGGACACAGUCUUCACCAGCAACUCCUCUAUUAUCUCACCCAGCAGUGGAGCCACCCACACAACAGAGCUUCACGACUGGUGUUGCAUAUGACACACUAAUGCUGAAACACCAGUGUAUAUGUGGCAGUUACACCAACCACCCCGAGCAUGCUGGAAGAAUACAAAGCAUCUGGUCAAGGCUACAAGAAAGUGGGUUGCUAAACAAGUGUGAGCGAAUCCGAGGUCGAAAAGCCAGUUUGGAAGAAAUACAGCUGGUUCACUCUGAACAUCAUUCACUGCUGUAUGGCACCAGCCCCCUGAACAGACAGAAGCUGGACCCCAGGAAAAUCCUAGGCAGCGUGCCUCAAAAGCUCUUUUCAUUGUUACCCUGUGGAGGCCUUGGGGUGGACAGUGACACCAUUUGGAAUGAGCUGCAUUCGUCCGGUGCGGCACGCAUGGCUGUUGGCUGUGUCAUCGAAUUGGCUUGCAAAGUGGCCUCAGGAGAGCUGAAGAACGGUUUUGCUGUUGUAAGGCCCCCAGGCCAUCAUGCUGAAGAAUCAGCAGCCAUGGGGUUCUGCUUUUUUAAUUCGGUUGCAAUUACUGCCAAAUACUUGAGAGACAAGCUAAAUAUAGGCAAGAUAUUGAUUGUAGAUCUGGAUGUUCACCAUGGCAACGGUACACAGCAGGCUUUUUAUGCUGACCCCAGCAUCCUGUAUGUCUCCCUCCAUCGCUAUGAUGAAGGCAACUUCUUCCCUGGCAGCGGAGCCCCAAAUGAGGUUGGAAGUGGCCCUGGUGAAGGUUAUAAUAUAAAUAUUGCUUGGACAGGUGGCCUGAAUCCCCCCAUGGGAGACGUGGAGUACCUCACAGCAUACAGGACUGUGAUCAAGCCGAUCGCCUCUGAGUUCGAACCAGACAUUGUCUUAAUAUCGGCUGGCUUUGAUGCCGUGGAAGGCCAUGACCCUCCUCUAGGCGGGUAUAAAGUGACAGCUAAAUGUUUUGGUCACCUCAUCAAACAGUUGCUGACACUAGCGAGCGGUCGCAUGGUAUUGGCCCUGGAAGGAGGACAUGACCUUACUGCCAUCUGCGAUGCAUCAGAAGCCUGUCUAAAUGCUCUGCUAGGAAAUGAGAUGGAGCCCCUCUCUGAGGAUAUCCUGCAUCAAACCCCUAACGUGAAUGCGAUGCUUUCUUUGCAGAAGAUCACUGAAAUCCAGAGCAAGUACUGGAAGUCUGUAGAGCCUUAUGUUGUGCCAGCUAGCUGUAGGCUGGCCGAGACUCAGAAACAAGAGCGCGAGGAGACAGAGGCAGUCUCAGCAAUGGCCUUACUCUCAGUAGACGUCGAACAGUCUUUCCCACAAGAACAUGGCAGAGCUGCUGGCGAGCCCAUGGAAGAAGAGCCAGCCUUGUGAAGUGCCAAGUCCUCCCUGAUAUUUCCUGUGUGUGACAUCAUUGUGCACCCCCCCCCUCGCAAAAGCACCCUUAGACAUGUCUUGUCUGCUGCCUGGGUGGCACAGAUCAGAUGGAAUAUAAACACUGGGCACAAAAUUCUGAACAGCAGCCUCACUUGUUCGUUGGAUGGACUUAAAAGGGCCUUCCAAGACUCCUUCGAUGUAACCGCUACAAUUCUAAAGUUACAGUAAAACAGACCUUGCAGAGAGAGAAAGCCUGGAGCCUGUAGUCAUAUGCCGUGUGGGCCACUCACUGACUUCAAUAGUAGAAUAGAAAUAUUAAAAGUAAUUCUACAUUCUUGACUACGGUUGCCUGUGAAAAUUGAAACAGUCUGAACAACUGUUGGGGGGAAAAUAGCUUCACAAAUCCCACCACUUCUGACAUUUUUGAACACUUUUGACUGGGUAUUAUUUUUUUCACACUGUUAAAAAUAGUUUAUAGGAUUGAUUUACUGUUCUUUAAUGUAAUAAAAUGAUGGCGUGUUCCUCAAUGGUGCCAUUUUCAAGAUGCCGUAGCAAUUUCGUGUUUGGCAAAUGCAUUUGAAAAGUGGUCAGGAAGACACUGUGGAAAGAAAGCUGUGCUCCAAAGCUUUCCAGCCUUCCCACACAUCACUGUGUGACGUGCUCUUCCACGCUAGCCUCUCUUUUUCUUUUCUUUUGUUUCCAGUUUCCUCUUUAAUGUGACAUUUCAUAAACACGAGCAACAAAAUGCUCUCUGCGGGGACAGAGGGACGGUUUGUCUUUUGUCUCGUGCUGCACAAUUGGGGCCCAACCUUAGCUGUCAGCAUAUAAGAUUCUAAUCCUCUCUCCAAGUUCAGGGGCUUUCCCCUACCUGGUCUCACCUUGCUUCAGAUUUGUUCCUGUGCUGCAGCCUUUAAGGGAGGUAAGCAGAGAGGGAUCUUCCUGAGGUUCAUUCUAAGCUCAGGUGCUUCUGCUGGUUUUGAAAGUACAACUGGAACACCAGUUGUUCUCCUCCACUGAAGCCCAUCGAACCCCAGGGCCAGAACUCAAUAUCGAACGUUUCUAAAAGGUGAUGCCUUUAGUUAUUUUCCUCUUUUGAACAUAGCGAGACUGUGAUGCAAGUAACUGUGGAUUUGAGAGUGUUACUGAAGAGUUGUGCCUUUCGCUGAUAAUGUAUGCUUAAACUCUUACACAUGUUGCCUUAUCACAGAAAGGGACUAUGGCACUUGUUCAGUCUCAGAGUAUUUUUAAGGGACACAAAUAGUGAUAGAGAAGUUAGGCUAGCUACCUGCUAACUCCCCACUCCCCCCCCCCCGCCAACGCACACCCCUAAAGACCAUUAUCUACCUUCUUCAGUCAUUCUCCUUUUCAGUAUCCGAUAGCCAGCUUUUCUUUGAACAACGAGUGAUGUUCUUGUUUUAUAUAUUUUCCAAGCUCAAAGGAUACAUUAAAGCCAUCAGUGAACACUGUCAUGCUUUUUAUUCAAACAUCUGAAAGGAACCUUAAUUAAAACAAGGUUUUUAGGGAAAGCUGCGGUAUGAAAGAUAUGAAACAAUGUGGUUUCAGUUAUAGGAGACUCAAACCUGUAAAUCAAAAGAUGAAAGAUUUCACUCAAAUAGAAUUAUAUACGUCUCUUUUGUUAUAUAGUCGGGCUGCAUUUUUCCCCCAAUGUGUUUGAGUUUGUUUACAAUUAGCAUUUUAAUUCAGAAGACUUUUUUUUUUAACUACUUAUAGGAAAACUGCCUGAAAUAACUUGGAAAUCUGAGACUGUCUUUGAAAUAGGAAGUCAGAAGAGAAUUUGACCCAGUUGAACAUGGAGUUGUCUUUUGUUAUGGAAGUGUUAUGAUGAAACAGAUACUUACAAUUAAUUUUUGGAAAAAAUCAAAUCCUACUUAGUGUAUCACCCAGUGUCUGUUUUCCAGAUAAAUAGAAGCAAUCUGAAGAACUUAAAUCUGCCUCAGUGUAGAUACCAAGUUUAGUCCUUGGUGUCUAUAGGGUUGCAUUUGUAAGGCAAUGCUGAAAGCUUGCCUUAGCAAUUCUACCUAACAGGUUAUUCCAACUGUCUAAUAAGCAUCCUAUAAACUGUGUCUUAUGAAGAAGAAGAAAAGAACUGUCAUCUGAUGUUGCUUAUUUAUGUUUUGUGGUUUUAAGAUAAUAUGGCAUCAUAUUUUAAGUGGCAAUGCUGAAAACCUCCACUCUAUAGUAAUAACAUGCAUUUUUCCUUUUGAUGUCAAAAUUUAAAAUAUGAUCAAUAAUUAAUAAUUUAGCUUUGAGUUUAUACUACUACUACUACUACUACUACUACUACUACUACUACUUUAUACCACUAAUCAGCAAAAAAUUCUCAAAGUAGUUUACAUAGAAAAAAGAAUAAUAAUAAGAUGGUUCCCUGUCCCCCAAAGGACUUACAAUCUAAAAAAGAAACAUAGGAGACACCAGCAACAGCCACUGAAGGGGUGCUGUGCUAGGGUUGAAUAGGGCCAGUUGCUCUCCCCGUACUAAAUAUUACAACUUUCAAAAGGUACGCUUUUACAUAGGUAGCAAAGGAUAAUAAAGAAAAGAUGUGUAUAUUUCAGUUGCAUAGAACAGAGGUUUGCAGUCACUUUACAAAACGGGACCCAAACAAUUGACUGCAUUCCUGCCCACACUUACUUGGGAAUAAACCUCCUUAAGCUCAGAGGCCUUAUGCCCAAGUCAAUAUACAUAUAGUUGCACUGUAAGGCUGCAGUCUUCUACAUACACCUAUUUGGGAGGAUGCCCAAUUGAAAUCAGAAGCACUUCUAAAGAAACAUGUGUGACUUCUCUUAUGAUUUCACAGAUGGUUGCAUGUGAUACACAUAUGUAUUUUGCUAAGUAGAGCAAACAGCAAUGUCAAAGUGAGAGCACUGAUCCUCUGUUAAGUGGAUAGAUGCCUGUAGGUCUGCACACACAAGUAAUUAAAAAGUGAUAAGAGUUUCAGUGAAGCUCUUUUAUUUUAUUCAUUUCAUUGCAUUGCAUUGCACCCAUCUGUGGUAGAGGGUUAAAGCAGAUAGGGUGUUAAAAAUACUGUUUAAAUACUAUCAUAUUACCAUAUACAGUUUUAAAUAUUAUCCUUAACAGUGAAUAGUAUAAGUGCACCAGAUAUUACAGCAUUAUUGAAACUAAGCAGGGAUUGUCAAUAAUCAGAAGACUUCUGGAUUUCUCCCAUGAAAACAAUUUUAUACACACACACACAUGCCAAUAAAUACACACUGAUCAUCACAUCAUUCCUUCAGGUAAUGAAUUCAGGUGGUAGAAUGCAGUUUAGAAGAAAAAUAGGGAAAUUCAAAAAUAAAAUAAAUGUGUACUUAUAGGGCUGCAGAGAUACGUAUAUAUUUACGUACUUACAUUUGUAAAUUCAAAAGGUUUUUUUUAAAAUAACUGGCUUUGUGAGCUUCUAGGAUGCUAAGCUCACAAGAUCUAUGGAAUGUUUGCUGUUGAUGCUGAGUUUUCAUUAUUAUUAUUUUUGAAGGGAGAUAUACAGUAGUUCAGCUAACUAUCUCGAAAGACCAUGUGAUGUUCACAUAGGCAUCAAGCCCUUAAUGCACUUGGAGCAAUCACAGAACAGAAUCAAAUGUCUUAAUUUAAAUGCACCAUAUAAGGAGAGUGCAUGGAUUAAAUUAAUUUAAUUUAAUUAUGUUUCUUUGUGUAAACCGCCUUGAGCCAUUUUUGGAAGGACGGUAUAGAAAUCCAAUGAAUGAAUGAAUGACUCUAGUCCUCUUUUAUGGAAUUGAAUAUGUUUCAUGACUAUUCUCUGUUUUAUACAUGCUUGACACUUAAUCAAAUUAUAAUGCAGUAUAGACAAGUUAAUCCAAUCAACAUCAAAUCCAGUUAAAGCUAGUUGUGAUAAAGAUUGCAAUCUUGUGCAAAUUUACUCAUGAGCAAGUCCAUAGAAUUCAGUGAGACUUACUUCCAUGCAAAGUAUUGGGCUCCAUGUUCAUUUAAAUUAAUGGGAGUUUAGUCACGAUUCACUUUCUCCACUGAUUCCAAAGAUAUUUAGACAUGACUAGCCUUUGUGUUUUACUAUUAGGCAGAAUUGGGGAAGAACUUUGUUUGAAAUCCUCCAUUUUCUCUUUAAUAAAUUUCAUCACAUCAGUUUGCCACUAUAUGAGAGAAGCAAUAUCAGACAAUUUUUAAAAAUGCAACAUGUAAAGAUGCAAAAUAUUUCACAGCUUACUUCAAAAAGAAAUAUGCCACAAUAGUAGGGUUUUUACCACCUACAACAUACAUACAUGUGUUUAGAGGAGAUAAAAAAUCUUUCAAAAUAUUGCUGCUACAUUUGAUUGGUUGAUUAAGUGCUGUCAAGUUGGAGUCGACGCUAAGCAACCACAUAGAUAGAUUCUCUCCAGGAGGAUCUGUCCUCAACUUGGCCUUUAAGGUCUCUCAGUGGUGCAUUCAUUGUUGUUGUAAUCAAGUCCAUCCACCUUGCAGUUGGUCGUCCUCUUCUUCUCUUCCCUUCAACUUUUCCCAGCAUUAGGUGCUGCUACAUUAGGUGGCAGAAAAUUCUACUACCCCACUUAUAUAAUGCCUUUCAACAAAAGUUCCCAAAGCGGGGUGUGUGUGUGUGUGUGUGGGCUCACAGUCUAAAAAGAAACAUAAGGUAGACACCAACAGGAGGAAUGCUGUGCCGGGGUUUGAUAGAGCCUGUUGCUCUCCCGCUACUAAAUAUAAGAUAAUCACACACUUUAAGUAGUGUCUCUUUGCUCAGUUUAGCAAGGGUUAUUCCGCUCUGUUGAGAUGUAUGCAUUCACUCCUUUAAUGUUAAAAUCUUUCCAGUGGUAUUUAUUUAUUACAUUCCAGGCUGUCAUGAACAUCUGCAAUAGGAGAAUCAUGUCGAGCCCAGCCCAAAUUUAGCGAAACCAACUAAAGCUGGAAAUAGACAACAGCUUCUUUCUGACAGCUGGAAGUGGCUUGAGAGAGGCAUCAAUUCGCUGUAUGUGCACACACAUUUCUUCCAUUCCACUAUUGCUUCUGGUCAAACAGGGGUUUCAGGUUUUUGAGACAAGAUCAAAGUGGGAUGAAUGCAUGGUAUCAUGGGCAGAAAUAUCUGUUUCAAGCCAUUACUGACAGUGACUAAGAGAAAAAGGAUAACUUCUCUUCAGCCUCAUAAGUCAGGGCCAAAACAUGGGACAUGCAAGAUCAAUAUUAAGGUUUCUUGAUUUUUUUAAAAAAGUGUUUUGUUUUAAAGCAACCACAGGGGUUCCUAAAAUGAAACAGGACAGUGGCACUGGUGAAGUUUUGAUUUGUUUUUUUAAAGCCUUUUACUCUGCACCAUUCCUCUAAGUUGACCUUCCCAGCUGCUGCUAUUAGCUCCUCUGGGGGAAAGGGAUCCAAUACAGGUCCAAGUUGGUGCCAAGUAGUACUAGUUGUAGCUUAGUGAGAUACUUAAAUUAAAGUCCGGGGGAAAGAGUUAAGCCUGUUCUCAGUCUAUUUGAGUGUCCAUCUCAGCUCCCCUAGUUAAAAAAGCAAUCCGGGAAUCCAAUCACAAUUCUUCUGCUUGCCAUGACAUAUGUUUUGGCUAGGGAUGUGCACGGAGCCGGCUGGCCCGGUUUGGUUCGAGUCUGGACCCGACGCAAACCUGACCGGGCAAGUUUGGUCCCACACCCCCUCAACCCCCCCCCCCCGUUUGGUUCGGUCGGGGGGGGGGGUUCAUGAACCUUUUUAUUUUAUUUUAUUCACUGGAAAAAAAUUAAUGUUACUUAUCCCCUCCAGGGGAGUUGUUGGAGGUGGGGAGCGGUCCGCAGAGGUCCCCCCUCCCCCUGCUGGCCUCAACGCAGCCCGCGGGCCUCAAUGCUGCCGCCCCUGUGCAAUUGGUCGCUGAGAGGCAUGGCAUGACCCAGCCCUCUCAGAGGCCAAUUGCGCAGGUGCGGCUGCCUCCAAAAUGGCCACCAGGCCAAAGAGCCAGCGGAAUGGGCUGGUUCCAGAUCCAUUGAGGCUGGUGGGGGGAGGGGGAACUUCCGUGGAGCCCCCUACCACCACCUCCAACAACUCCCCCAGAGGAGAUAAGUGACAUUAAAGAUUUGCCCCCAGUAAAAUACAUAAAUAAUUAAAUAUGUAAAGUCCACAAACCCCUGUACAGUUGGGGGAUGUUCAGUCCAGGGUUGGACUGAACAAGGGGUGGUUUGGUUCGACUCUGGACUGUCAAACCAAACCGUAUAUAUUUACGUAUAUACAUUUGUAAAUUCAAAAGUUUUUGGGGUUUUUUUAAUAACUGGCUUUGUGAGCUUCUAGGAUGCUAAGCUCACAAGAUCUAUGGAAUGUUUGCUGUUGAUGCUGAGUUUUCAUUAUUUUAUUUUUUUGAAGGGAGAUAUACAGUAGUUCAGCUACCUGUCUCGAAAGACCAUGUGAUGUUCACAUAGGCAUCAAGCCCUUAAUGCACUUGGAGCAAUCACAGAACAGAAUCAAAUGUCUUUUUAAAUGCACCAUAUAAGGAGAGUGCAUGGACUCUAGUCCUCUUUUACGGAAUUGAAUGUUUCAUUACUAUUCUCUGUCUUAUACAUGCUUGACACUUAAUCAAAUUAUAAUGCAGUAUAGACAAGUUAAUCCAAUUAAAAUCAAAUCCAAUUAAAGCUAGUUGUGAUAAAAAUUGCAAUCUUGUGCAAAUUUACUCAUGAGCAAGUCCCAUAGAACUCAGUGAGACUUACUUCCAUGCAAAGUAUUGGGCUCCAUGUUGAACCUGUUUGACGUUGAGCCGGUUUGCACAUCUCUAGUUUGGGUCUUCAAAGUAUUCACUGUUCUUGACAGGGCUGAGGAGAGGGCAACAUUCAUGAAACAGUGAGUUAAAAGUGAUAAGAUUUUGCAAGAAUCUGGAUUAAGAUUGAAAAGUUUACAACUUUGCGUAGAUUUGAAUAAACUUUUUAAAAAUUUAAAAAUUAUCAUUGUUGAUACCUUAUCUUUUGCAAUUUUAACUAUUUUAAAAAUAUGAUGCCAUAGAGGAAAAGAAUCUACUUAACAUAAAUUAGUACAGGACUAUUGCUGUUUAUUUCAAACAACUGGUCUAGAUUAUCAUUACCUGAUACAUUAGACAAUUUACAUACCUUAUUUCUGAUAACAUUCCCUUCUUAUUUCUGUCCCAGACUACUCUUCUGUGGUCUGGUUUCACAAAUUGUAAUCCCCACUUAAUCCAAAAUGGUAAACUUUUGUUCAUUUUUCUUACUCAUCUUAAGGGAGGCUGAAGUGGGGAAAAUAUACUUUGUCUAUUGUUACAAUCUGCCAAUGGGGGUAUUACUAUGGGGCAAAGUUCUUCUAAAUGUAAAGGAAAAGUGUUUAUAUGAGAAGGAAGCAUAUUAUUCCCGAUACAUUUUUGUAUCUGAAUGCAUCUGUUUGAAGUCAGUGUGCACACCAAAUCUUUGUCUGUUGUAAAUGCAUCAGCUUUGGAAUUGCUUGAAGUAGUCUUCAAUCAGGUUGGGAGCGGGGAAGAGUUCCUUUAGUCUUGUGUUUUGUAUAAUUAUUUGGCUAUAUUCUCAUUCUUGUGUGUAUUAAAGAACUCUGUUUGAAAGAAGAGCA